AUGGUGUUAUUGGGUUGUUUGGUAGAAGCUAUGCAUGCAAACUAUCAUGGAUCAUAUUCAAGUAUUCAAAAUAGAUCAUCGAGCAUCCGUGUUGCUCAUUGUAUGACUGGAACCCCACGAACGCUUUAUAAAGAAGAGGUAUAUACCGCUUAUAGACACCAAGUUUUGGAUGUUCUUCCGGGCGAUCUUUUUGUUGUUCUCGAACAUAUAAACAAAACAGAGAUGAUCCAUGGAACACGAGUGAGGGCUGAUAAUGCCAUCAGAUAUAAAUCUGCACUGAAAUAUCUUUCUCCCCGUAUAGUUGAAUGGAUUUCUAUAGGUGAUAGCCUGGGUUCUAUAGAAACACGAAGUGGAUAUGCGAAAUGGAAACGUUGUUUUGAUCAUAUACAAAGAACCGAACGUAUUAACGGAAUGAAAUAUGACUUUAUUGUGCGUACUCGUCCUGAUCUGUAUUUUGCGAAAGCUUUGCCGAAGCCAAGUAAACUGCCAAAAGAUAAAAUACUUAUCAAUCCAUACUAUGAGUGUGUAAACGAUAUUCCGUCAGGCUACGAUCGAAAGUGGGCCAAGAAUCUAGAUCUAUGUGAUCUUACAAAUUAUGGUGUUUCAGACUUAUUCGCAAUUGUGCCGCGUGCAUUAGCGUAUCCUUAUAUGUGCGUAGCAUACAUAACCGAUCUUCCUCUGGCUAUCUGUGGUGAACGAGCACACCAGGCAGAAUGUGCAAUCAAAGCGACUUUGCAUAAGGCUAACGUUACGUAUGAAUUCUGGCCAUUUGUUGUUAAAAUAAAACACGUUUCUUAA